AAAGCGAAGCGGGGGCGGGAGCGAAGCGGCGGCGCUGCGCGAUGCUGCCGGCGGCGCAGCCCUGAGCGCCCGGCCCGGCCCGGCUCGGCUCGGCUCGGCUCGGGGCUGCGGGGGGGGCACCGGGGCUGCCACGGCUCGGGGGGGGGCGGCGGCCGCGCCCCCGGCACGGAGACAAAGCCGCGAUCGAGCCCCGGAGGGCGCGCACGGGGGAGCAGGAGCUGAGCUGAGGCCGCUGGCAGCCCCCCACAACCCCACGGCCAGGCUGUAGCUGGAAAACACAGCCCGGGACCAUGGGGAGCAGCAAGAGCAAACCCAAAGACCCCAGCCAGCGCCGGCGCAGCCUGGAGCCGGCCGACAGCACCCACCACGGGGGGUACCCAGCCUCGCAGACACCCAGCAAAGCGGCUGCCCCCGAUGCCCAUCGCACCCCCAGCCGCUCCUUCGGGACCAUGGCAGCCGAGUCCAAGCUCUUCGGAGGCUUCAACACCUCCGACACCGUCACGUCGCCGCAGCGCUCUGGGGCGCUGGCCGGCGGAGUCACCACCUUCGUGGCCCUCUACGACUACGAGUCCCGGACCGAAACGGACCUGUCCUUCAAGAAAGGAGAACGCCUCCAAAUCGUCAACAACACGGAAGGUGACUGGUGGCUGGCUCAUUCCCUCACUACAGGACAGACGGGCUACAUCCCCAGUAACUAUGUCGCGCCCUCAGACUCCAUCCAGGCUGAAGAGUGGUAUUUCGGCAAGAUCACUCGCCGGGAGUCCGAGCGGCUGCUGCUCAACCCCGAAAACCCCCGGGGGACCUUCCUGGUGCGGGAGAGUGAGACCACGAAAGGCGCCUACUGCCUCUCAGUCUCCGACUUCGACAACGCCAAGGGGCUCAACGUAAAGCACUACAAGAUCCGCAAGCUGGACAGCGGCGGCUUCUACAUCACCUCUCGCACACAGUUCGGCAGCCUGCAGCAGCUGGUGGCCUACUACUCCAAACACGCCGACGGCCUGUGCCACCGUCUGACCACCGUCUGCCCCACCUCCAAGCCCCAGACCCAGGGGCUCGCCAAGGACGCCUGGGAAAUCCCCCGGGAGUCGCUGCGGCUCGAGGUGAAGCUGGGGCAGGGCUGCUUCGGAGAGGUCUGGAUGGGGACCUGGAACGGCACCACCAGAGUGGCAAUAAAGACGCUGAAACCCGGCACCAUGUCCCCGGAGGCCUUCCUGCAGGAAGCCCAGGUGAUGAAGAAGCUGCGGCACGAGAAGCUGGUCCAGCUCUACGCCGUGGUUUCGGAGGAGCCCAUUUACAUCGUCACCGAGUACAUGAGCAAAGGGAGCCUCCUGGACUUCCUCAAGGGCGAGAUGGGCAAGUACCUGCGGCUGCCGCAGCUCGUGGAUAUGGCAGCUCAGAUCGCGUCCGGCAUGGCCUACGUGGAGAGGAUGAACUACGUGCACCGAGACCUCCGGGCGGCCAACAUCCUGGUGGGGGAGAACCUGGUGUGCAAGGUGGCCGACUUCGGGCUGGCGCGCCUCAUCGAGGACAACGAGUACACGGCCCGGCAAGGUGCCAAGUUCCCCAUCAAGUGGACGGCCCCGGAGGCAGCGCUGUACGGCAGGUUCACCAUCAAGUCGGACGUCUGGUCCUUCGGCAUCCUGCUGACCGAGCUGACCACCAAGGGCAGAGUGCCCUACCCAGGGAUGGUGAACAGGGAGGUGCUGGACCAGGUGGAGCGGGGCUACCGCAUGCCCUGCCCGCCCGAGUGCCCCGAAUCGCUGCACGACCUCAUGUGCCAGUGCUGGAGGAAGGACCCCGAGGAGCGGCCCACCUUCGAGUACUUGCAGGCCUUCCUGGAGGACUACUUCACCUCCACAGAGCCCCAGUACCAGCCCGGCGAGAACCUAUAGACCUGGAGCUCCUCCUGGCACCGGACACCUCGCCGCGGGGCGCGGAGGGCCGGCCUCCCCGCCGAGGGGGCCGUUUUUGGGGAGCCCCGUCGCUCGUUAAGACUGCUGGCCCCUGAUUACCGACGGGGCGAGAGGAGCCCAAGGGUGCUGGCACCGGCUCAGGAGGGAGAGCGGGGCAGCGGGCUGGCGGGGCAUCACCCCCCCCCCCACACACACACACCCCAAGAGGCCUGGCUUUUGGGAGGCUUUUUCCCCAGAGAAAUCAGGGGACGGCACCUCCUGCCUCGGACAUGUGGCCACGGCUUCUUGCACCCUCCCUGGUUUAAAAUCACCACGAUUUUCCCUUUCCCUGCCCCUCCGCCCACCCUUUUUGCUCUCGUUUGCCCAAAGGUGUUCACAGAGACGUUUGGCUGUGGGGAAGGCGCACGCCAGCGCUGGUUUGGACUGGGAUGCAGCUGGGGAGCAGACGUUGCUGAGGCACCAGGCCCCAGGAUCCCGCAGGCCCAUGGUGCCAACGGGACGCUGGCCUUGGGGCUCCUUCCUCCAGUGCCUGCCCAUCCUCACUGCCGGGAGUGGGACCCGGCCCUGCUUGGGGCCCUGCUGCCCGCCCCGUCCCAGUGGGACCCCCUGGGCACACAGUCGAGUCUUCCAGCCGUGCCUGUCCCCAGGGCUGUGCCUCGUCGCUUCUGGGAUCAGCAUCAAGGAGGGAGGAACCCCACGGAGCCCUCGCCUGCCCCGUGCAGCCCACCCGGGGCUUCUCCACCCAACGCUAUGCCUCUGCCGCCCGCCAACCCCAAAUCGAGACCACGGGGCUGGGGACACACGACAGAGGAGCAUUUUGGGGGAAAUACUCGGUUUUUUUGCAAUGUGGUUGUCCACUGGGACGUUUCCAGCUGCCCCCCCCCGGGGCUGGGCUGCUGGGGAGCAUUGUGCCAGGCGGGUGUCUGCGGGCUCCCCGCGCCCUUGGCUGUGUUUCGGAGGUCUCUGCGUCCCCGUGCCCAGCUUCACCCCCCCGUUGUUCCCCCCCAGGCUGAACCCCAGGGGCCGCGCACAGCCCCAGCACCCCCCUUGUACAUAGCCCCCGCGCGCCCCCCACCAGCCCCACAGGUUGCAUGUGGGUUUGUUUUCCUCCUGCCGUCACGCCGCCGUCUCUGUCUGCGUUUGUCCCUGAGCAGAACCCCUCACUGCUGGCCCAGCACCCGUGGAAAACCAGGCGAGGAAGGUGCUGGGGCCGCACCGGGGGGGGCUGCUCCUGCCCCUCGCCCCAGUAGGAGCAGGGCAGAGUCCCCUGCUCGCUCCCGCAGCUCCCCAGCAUCUUAUUUAUUGAAUGAGUCCUGGCUUGGUGGCUCCUUUUUAAUCGUGAAGCCUUCGAACGUGGCACAAAUGGAGAGAUCCUGCCUUUGGCUUGGAGAACAGCGACUGUUUUAAUGGAUUAUUUUUUUUAAAACCACCUUGGGACUCAGAGCCUCUCCUUCCCCCAGCACCUUUGCAUUCGUGCAGGGACCGUCACACUUUGAGGUCUUUUAGUUCUGGUCUCAUGGCCGUUUGGCUGAUGGGUCCCGGAGAAGCCCCUCAGUGCUACGAGGGGCAGCCUGUGCCGAAACCACGGGAGGGACACAGAAUCCCCAUCCCCGGGAGAAGGCUCCUAAAGCUCUAAAUCCAUGUGCAGAAGACGGAUCGGACCCCCGAGCUGGGGAGAGAGAAGGCGAAUGCACGUGUUAGCGUGUGACCUUUUGUUUUCCUUAGCACGAACAGGUUCUCGUGAGCGAACAGCCGGGCCGGGGUGCUCCCAGCCCAGGUGUUUCAUUCCCUGGCACAGGAGCAAGAACGUCCCAGCAGCGUCAGCACCGCCCUGGGCUCUCUUCCCUACCCCGGGGGUUUGAGGCCAGGGAGAGGCUGGGGACUGCUGGUGGCAGGAGGCAGGGAAAUGACCCAGGAGGAGCACGGCGCAGGGCUGGGGAUGUGUCUGUGUGUCCGUCUGCGUGUCCGUCCGUCUGACCGUGUGUGCGGGGUGGGACCUGGGGUCCCUCCUGCAGCUGGCCCCAGCAGAGGCCACGCAGGCUCAGAGCCUCCCCGCCGCCACCCUCCUGUCUGUCAAUUUGUUUUCAAAGCCGGUCAUUUAGAGGGGAGCCCCCCCUACCCCACGAUGCUCCUCGGCACGGACGCGCUGGGCCGAUAACCCCGUACGAGAGAUUUUUCUGCUGGUGUAAUAUUUUUUUUUUUUUAAACAGCAUUUUUGUAAGAUCUCCAGACGACUAUGCAGAGAACGUGUGGCUCUGGUUCUCUCUCCCCAGCUCCCCCUCCUCCCCACCUGCCUUUUUCAGUGUCGAAGUAAAAUAUUUAGCUUUUUUUUUUUUUUUUUUUUUUUUUGGAUAAUAAUAAAACUUUGGAAAAACCUGAAAACGUCCCAGCUUUGUGGGUGGUGGGGGGCGGAGAUGCUUCGGAACUCUGAUGUUGUUGUAAAUACUUUGCAAUUUGAUAAUUAAAUACAAACAGACCUCACAAAAACAAACAAAAAAAAAA